UUGAAUUUUAUCUGAAAUCGUAACUAAUUAGCUAAGUCGCACGUAAUAGUAACACUAACAAUAUAGCAUUAUUUGCACUCGACUCUGGUAUUGUACAAGCAAUGGCCCGAGACUGUCAUUUGUGUAUAUAGGAUUUUAACCGUUAGUUCUUCAAUUCAAACACAUUAUUUAAAUAUUCAGCUCUUUCACACAUUCAAAUAUAUAAACAAAACACCGAUAGAUAUGAGAUUGAGGAACACGAUGAAUUCUGGAUAUAACGAUUCAUGCAUUUAUGCUUACCAUAGAAACGGCGCCAUUGUUCUCUAAUGUGUAAAGUUUCACUCUUCAUAAAAAUAAAACAAACAUUUGAUUUUUGAAGAUAUGCAGUGGAUUUAAUUAUAUAAUUAAAUAUAUGCCGAACAUAAAUUAAACCGUGGGGAAUAUAUUAACAAACAGUCGUUAGCAUGAGCGGAGUAGUGAGAGAUCUUUACCGUUACCAUCAUUGGCCAGACAGGAAAGAUUACUGGACUCGUUCAGUGAGAAAUGAUGCUUUCCAAAUGUCUCCUAGAAGAGGGGGCGAUGAAGAUUUACAUGGAAUAUUUGGACGGACAGGGGAAUAUGUUGGAUAUGAUAAUAAGAUUAAUUACAAAAAUAGGGAGCUUAUACGAUAUCAUCACUGGCCUCUCAGACGAAAUUGGCAAAACAGAUUUGAAAGCAAGGAAAUCCCAACAGCGAUGAAACCAUCACAGAGGUCUUUGAGCCCAAUGUUAGAAAGAAAGAAGCAAAAGGCAUCUAUUUUGCAGAUAAGGCCAAAAAGUGAGCGGAUGGAAUAUGACUUCAUGCGUGCUAACAAUCUCACUACGACAACAGCUCCAUUUGCCACAAAUCAUACACCACAGAUUGGUAUCAAAAUAAUAGGAAGCAAACGGGUUCCAGUUAUAGAAAACUUAAGUACAAUGGAAGAUCGACAGAAUUCUCCUGGCGGGUAUGGACCUAGAGUACCUCCAAUACAGAACAUAGCAGAGAACCCUACUAAGAUAGACCCUAGAUUACUUGCAGAAGGAACCAAAGGAUAUUUCAGUGCGCAAAGACCUGGAUCAAACAACAUAGAAUACGGAGAGAGAUUAUUUCGGCCAUUAAUGCGCCUGUAUUCACCGAUUGAUAAAGAACACGAAGAGGAUAACUUUUCAUCAAACAUACAAGGUAAACCAACUUUUGCAAAUAGAACACGACCAGACUCCAAAACACUAUCGCCAUAUAAUAACCUGCCACCGAUUCGAGCUAAUAGGAACAAGAAUCAGAUGAGCACAGUUUUUGAGAGUGAACCCUGGAUAAGAAGAGGAGAAUCACCAAAGCUAGCAAACGAUACAGAGUACAAAUAUUCAUACCUUGAUCGACCUCUCAGUGACCGACCAUUAAACGGUUAUCAUUCAGAGAACAAUUUCAAAAUGAAUUUCCAAUCAGAUCAACAUUUUAUGCCUCCAAGAAAAACACAAAGUGAUAACGGGAACUACGGAGCAUCAGGCGAAAGAGAAUUCCUACUUCAAAGAUAUCUACCUACAGACAGAUAUGAUACAUACAAAUUACCAUCUGAUUCCGCCAUGUUUUCUGCAGCCGAUGAAGAUUUGUUAGUCAAAAUCAUUGGAGACGAAUUGAGUCACAUUCAACCAGAUAGACUAUACAACGCUUACAUUGAAGCAACGAAAUUUGAUAAACAGUUUAUGGGCUGGUGUUCGUUUGACAGAGUAAAUCAGAGCUUAUUGUCUCAAAACGCUGCACCUCAUCCAGAUACACUUAGACUCAUUGCAUCUAUGUUUAUAGACCCUAGUAUACCUGGUCAAGUCAACUACGAAAAAAUAUUGAAGUUUAUAGAAUAUGCUAUGAAAAGAAAUUAUCCAGAUUUGUUUACUAAAACUCAAGACGGGUACGGAAAUUCUAAAUACUACAAUUCAUCUCAGCAAAAUAACUCUUCUCUGCAUGGUUUAGAGCCUUUCAAGGAAAAAGAGACAGCAAAAUUACUCAGGAUGGUGCAUGAUGCUCUAAAUGAAACUGGAUAUCGCCUAGAUAUAGAGAGACUUUAUAGAGAUUUCCAAUCUGUAGAUAAUAAGAGGGAAACAUUAUCAAAGGCCCAGAUAAGUGAUGUAUUAUACCAGAACAGAGUUCCAUUACAAGAUUCGUUGUUAGACCACAUUCUUCACAAAUUCCAACAGUCAAACGGACAAUACAAUUGGCAACAGUUCCUCAGCUUUUUGGAGAAAGUUCAAUCAGUACAAACAGGUUUACCUAUUCCACAAAGUAAGCGACCUUUAGAGUACGCCAAACAGUACCCACCACCUCAUGACAGUUGGCCAAGGGCAAAGGAGUCACCUAGAGAAUCACCUCCACCAUCUAACAGAAACGGCUACCACUCGAAUGAUUAUCGAGAACCUCCCUUAACUGAAAGGGAAAGAAGAAUGUUAGAAAAAUUGAGAAAAACGGAAGAAGCAAUAAAUGGGUUAAAGCAUAGAUAUAAGGACCGUUCACCGUCACCAGUUCGUUACCCUGAAUCUGAAACUGAACGUGAACGACGAGUGAAAGCAAAAAUAAAUCAAAUAGAAGACGAAAUAUAUGAACUAAAAUUUAAGGAUCAGGAAGCACAGCCACAAAACGGUAUAGAUAAGGAAAAUAAGGAAAAACGUAUUUUGGACCAAAUAAGCAAGACCCGGAAUACGAUAGAUGAUAUUAAAAUUACUAACCAGAUAAUGAGAGAAGGUAUGGAGGUCAGUGAAAAGGGAUACAACUGGUCUGAUAAACUGUUAAAACUUAGUGGUCAACUAUACGCUAUAGAUGAGCAGAGAGGAAGAUCCGAAGGAUUGAUACCCUACCAAGUAAUGAUUGAUAAGACGAUGGAAUUCAAUAAGUACGCUCACAUGGACAUUCCUUAUGACGUAAUUGUACGCCUUGCACAGGAGUAUAAAAACCAACGUGACCAAGUAGAUAUUUUCAAAUUCCUUGACCAUCUAGGAAACAGAUAUCGUUGGUACAAAGCAUAACACAGAAUGAUAUGUUAACAUGACUAUGUUUUAGUUGCCAAAUUUAUAUGGACUAUUCUGCAUACCCCUGACAUUUUGUAUGAAUGUUAGUCUUAUCUCCGUCCUUGUAGAUUUUAUAUAUAAGUGAGAGUGUCCAAAGAAACAGGGAAGUUAUCUUUAUCAUUCUUUUUGAUUUUCAAUGUUGUUACAUUUUAUCUAGUUAUUUAUUUUUUAGUAUGUAAAAUAUAUACAUGUCGGUGAUUUAAGUCAAUAAGAUGCCGCUAACAACUAGAAUUUUUGAACGCUCAACAACAAUGUUUUCAUUGUUCAGAGUAUGCAUUCGUUUUUACUGUUUUUGGCAUCUAUCACAGUGGCAAAUUGGGAAAUACGGAAUUAGUUGAGAAAAGGAAUUGUUAGUCUGUCACAUGUUAACUGUUUAUAUAUUUUUCUAACAAGAAUCUCAAUUUUAACAAAAUCCGAAAUGGUCUUAGUAAUUUUUUGCUAGCAACAGAUAUCGCACAUCAAUGGAAGAUGCAGUAAGAAUUAUUGUCCCGUGAACAAGACCAGAAUUGUAUAUGUGAAUACAUUUAUCUGUUGCUAUUAAAGGGCUCCAAGAUUGUGGUUUCUACUUUUUAAAAUUUCGCAAGAAACCACUCUUGUUUCGUAGCCUUUACUUGUCAUGGAGAAGGGCUAAGGGAUGAACAUGUCUUUAAACGCUGCAAACAUACGAAAUAAACAUUUACUGAAUUUAAAUGUAAAAUCCCAGAUUUAAAACUGAUAGUUCUUACAAUAUAUCCGUGAAUUGCCAACAAGAUAACACUUUUACUAAUUGCUAAUAUGUAUUUAUUUUUGAAUCUGUGAUAUUACCUGUGAUAUAUAUACAUUUGUAUUUAAAGAGACAUUUUGUGAUAUAUUUAUAUAUGAUCAAUAAUUGAAGAUAGUUUAAAAUA